AUGAACCAAACUGGCUCAAUCAACUCACGUCCACUUCCAUUGUGGUAUGAUCAAUCCAAGUUUGGUAUCUUCAUUCAUUGGGGUGUCUACAGUGUCCCUGCAUUCGCCGUUCCCGUUGCCCCAGGUGCUGAGUGGUAUUGGUACAACCUAGAGACACCAUCAUCAGACAAUGGUGCCACCCAAGCCUACCACAACGCCUCGUUUGGUCCAGACUUCACCUACCAGCAGUUUGCACCAAUGUUCCGCGCCAACCUCUUUGACGCAGACCAAUGGGCAGAGUUGUUCGUCCAGUCCGGCGCCAAGUACGUCGUUCUGACCAGCAAGCAUCACGAUGGUUUCUGCAACUGGCCCUCUGACCAGAGCUGGGGCUGGAACUCGGUGGACGUAGGUCCCGGCAUCGACAUUGUCGGCAUGCUCUCCAAAGCCGUCAAGAACACCGGUCUGCACAUGGGACUCUACCACUCGCUGUUCGAAUGGUUCAACCCAAUCUACUUGGCCGACAAGAACUCGGGCAACCCACCCACCAGAGACGUCUACAUCACCGACGUGUUGCAGCCAAUGCUCAAGGACAUUGUCAACUCGUACGAGCCAGAGGUGAUCUGGGCCGAUGGCGACUGGGAUGAGAACUCCACCUACUGGCAAUCCACUGAGUUCCUGGCCUGGCUCUACACCAACUCCUCCGUAAAGGACACCGUCGUCACCAACGAUCGUUGGGGAGCAGACUGUGGUGGUGUUAACGGCGGCUACUGGACUCCAUCCGAUCGUUUCAACCCAGGCAAGUUGCUCACUCACAAGUGGGAGAACUGUUACACUAUUGGUACAUCAUGGGGAUACAACCAAAAUGAGGCCUUGAUUUGGUACCAGAACACAACAUCCCUCAUCCAGACCCUCGUGUCCACUGUCAGCUGUGGAGGCAACCUCUUGCUUGAUGUUGGCCCCACCUUUGAUGGAGUGAUCCCAAUGAUCAUGCAAGAGAGAUUGAUGGGCAUGGGAGAAUGGUUGAACGUCAGUGGAGAGGCUAUCUACAACUCGACUUGGUGGCGUGCACAGAAUGAUACUAUCGACGAGACCAUCUGGUACACGACCAACUCUGACUCUGGUGCCGUCUACGCCAUUUCGUUCAUCUGGCCAGAGGACUACCAACUCACCCUGGUGCACCCAGUCGUCACCUCCAAGACCACCGUCGAGCUGCUCGGCUACAAUGGCCCAGAGCUCAGCUUCAAGUCCCUCGGUCAGUCUGGUAUGGAGAUCAAACUGCCUAUGAUGGCACCCGGAUCCUUCCCACCACAUGGUGUCUACACAUUCAAGCUCCUCAAUGUGCUCUAA